UGAUAUCAACCAAAACCAAAUGUGAAGUGAGCAAGCUGCGAUAUGUAGCCUAAGCCUAACCUUGCUUGUCUUGGUUUGGUUUGUGCAUGUAUGGCUCAUUUACUGGCGAGCAACCCCAAUGCUUCCCAUAAACUUAUUUGCUCAAACUUGGGGCAUGGGGUCAGAACAGGUUCCAAAAGUGAGUGUUACAUAGUGGGAGGGAAAAGCCGAAGUGGUGGGAGUGGUUUAGUGUUGCAAUGCAGUAGCAGCACAAGGAGUUCACAAUUACCUUGUGCUGAUCAGGAUAUCAGGUUACAGAUUGAGAAUGGUAGCAGUGGAAAGCUUAAGCAACAGUUCGAGUAUUUAGUGUGCGAAUAUGGGUGGAGAGUAAGGAGACUAUUUGAAAACGCAGAUGAGAUAAGAAAGGCAUCUCAAGUUCAAGCAGAAGCAUUCCAUGUUCCUGUCUCUCUUUUCAAUGACUUGUUCUUCCAAUUCUUUCAGGCGGAAGUGCUUUCGGGGCUCCUUUACAAGCUCAAAAACUCACCUCCUAAUAGGUAUGCUUGUUUGGUAGCUGAGCCAGCAGAAAACGAUCCAGAUUCACCAAAACAACUUGUAGGUGUCAUAGAUGUCACUGUCUUAAGAGACCAAAACGUGCUUCAGCAUCUUCCUCCCGAAGCUGAAGAGUACCUUUACAUAUCAGGAAUAGCCGUCUCCAAAACUUUCAGGAGGAGAAAAAUAGCGACUGCACUGUUGAAAGCCUGUGACAUGCUGUCCAUUUUGUGGGGUUUUGAGUUUCUUGCCCUUCGAGCCUAUGAAGAAGAUCUAGGUGCUCGAAAAUUGUACGCAAAUGCUGGGUACCGAGUCGUGUCGCGAGAUCCACCAUGGACAAGUCAUUGGAUUGGAAAGAAAUGUCGUGUUCUUAUGAUCAAAAGAACUAGUUUGCCUGAGUAACUUUUUAAAAUUGUCAAGACAUCCAAACAAAAUAACAGAAGCAGCAAAUGUAUUCUAGGUAUAUAGUACGUGCUAAUAUGAUUAGUUCAUUAUUUCUCACAGAUUGCACGCAUUUUCUCUA